CGCCCACGCGGUUCCGGGUUCCGGUUCCCAGAGCUGUGUGUCGUUGGCUGAGAAGCGGAGGCUCGGGCAGGGAGCCGCCGCCCCCAAGCCGGCGGGGAACUUGCGUCCUGGGCGCCGAGGGGGCUCGUGCGAGCCCAGAGUGCCGAGAGCCCAGUGAGCCGCGAGCCCGGUGAGCACGUGCAGGCCCGGCGGCUGUCGGGACUCGAACCCGAGCCCAGCGCCGCCUGAGAGCUCUGUGCAGCCGCGAUGACCCACUCUCUGGUUUGCCCGGGCACCGUGAGCAGGGUGAGUUCGGUGCUGAACCGCAACACCCGGCAGUUUGGAAAGAAGCACCUGUUCGAUCAGGACGAGGAGACGUGCUGGAACUCGGAUCAGGGCCCCUCUCAGUGGGUGAUACUGGAGUUCCCCCAGCGCAUCCGUGUCUCCCAGCUUCAAAUCCAGUUCCAGGGGGGCUUCUCCAGCCGCCGGGGCUGCCUAGAAGGCUCACAGGGGAGCGGAGCUCUGAGCAAGAUUGUGGAUUUCUACCCCGAGGACAACAACUCGCUUCAGACCUUCCCCGUGCCGGCUGCUGAGGCGGACCGGCUGAAAGUGACGUUUGAGGACGCCACUGACUUUUUUGGCCGCCUGGUCAUCUACCACCUGCGGGUGCUGGGGGAGAAGGAGGUGUGAGAUCUCCGGGAAGCCCUCGGGGAAACACAGCAAAGUCCUCCUCCGAGCUCCGCUGCACAGAAGGUUUAUUGGUUCCUGUCGGGAAGGUCCCCUCCCACCGCCUG